AGCUGGGCAUCGCCCUCUGUGGCUCGGGGUUGGACGUGGCGUCCGUCCGCGGCGGCAUGGCUCUCGUGGUGUUCCUAACCCUUCUGCAAGCUUGGAGGUGGGCUGAGCUGGACGCCGCGGCUCUGGAGCUGUCCUCGGUGCCCGCACCAACCCAUGUCACAGUGACGUCCUAUAACAUGAACCCUAUCGUCUCUUGGGAGUACCCAGCCAUGCCACAGAGCCCUGUGUUUACUACCCAGGUAAAGAUCUAUGGGGAUGAUGAGUGGACUGAUGCCUGCGUCAAUACUUCUCAUCACUAUUGUUUUAUUUUUAAAUACGUCGAUUAUCCAGCACGUCCUCUCUGGGUCAGAGUUAAAGCUCGGGUUGGACAAAAAGAGUCAAACUAUGUAGAAUCAAAAGAAUUUAUUUUGUGCAAACAUGGAAAAAUGGGACCACCUGAACUGAAUGUCACAAAGCAGGAAAAAAAAAUCAUUAUUGACAUAGCUGAUCCUUUAAUUGUUGUAAAUGGAGAACAGGAAGCCGUGCCUUAUGAUGUCUUGAGCUGUUAUGAAUUCGUGUACACCGUGCAUGUGAUAGUGAAUAAAAGUGAGACAAUAGAAAGACUAUCCAUACAGACAACGGAAAAGGAUUGUGAGGACACUGGGUGCCAGUUGAGUAUUCCAGCGUCCUCAGUGAAUUCUCAGUACUGUGUUUCAGCAGAAGGAGUCUCAGACAAAAGGGAUGGUAAAACGGAAAGGUCAAAAGAAGUUUGUAUUACUGUUUUCAGUGAGAGCAAAGAAGUUUCUGCUUGGAUUCCAGUUUGUAUUUUAUUCCUGUUAUUUCUAGUAAUUAUCCCGAUAUUUAUCACUUGUUAUAUUAAGAAGAUUAAUCCAUUUCAGAAGAAAAACAUAAUGUUACCCAAGUCCUUGCUUUCUGUGGUAAGAAAUACUUCUUCAGAGACAAAACCUGAAUCAAAAUAUGUAUCGCUCAUCACGUCAUACCAACCAUUUGUUCUGGAAAAGGAGAAGGUGACCUGUGAAGAGCAGUUGUCCCCAGGAACAAUUUCAGGCAUGCAUACUGAGGACAAUUCAGGAGAAGCAGGACACAGAGAAGAGCCUUCCAGUGAAACGGAAGUGGUGACGAUUGUAGAAAAUAUUUCUGACAUGGACCCUGGCAGCCUCCGGACUCCAAUAAAAAGAGAGGAUUCUUCGCCUUUAAGUAGUGACCAGUCUGAACUGUGCAGUGUCACUGUAAACUCUUAUCACUCCAGGAAUGGUUCUGAUAGUGGCCAUGUGGAGUCAGAGGGCUUAUUAUCUGACUCAGAAUUCCCGCCAAGUAACCAAACUGAAAUAAUGACAGAAGGACAAGAGUCUGUACCACCCCGAAAAGCCCCCAUCUCUUUUGGUUACGACAAGCCACAUGUGCUAGUGGAGCAGCUUGUGGAUGACAGUGGCAAAGAAUCCUUGAUUGGUUAUAGAUUAACAGCAGAUUCUAAACAGUGUUCAUGAGAUUAGCCAACUUUGGAGAAUCUGAUUUUCCUGGGACAGUUUCUCCACUUUGAUGUCCUGAAAAGAUCAUCAUCUGAGAAAUUGUAUGUUAGUUGAUAUUAACCAUAUGGAGUGUCUUGCUUUAGAGAAAAGUGAAAAGAGGUACUGUCGAAUUUGGUUUGAAGAUUACAAAGACUCUUUUAAAAAGCAAGCCAUAGUUGGGCGUUGUGGCGGGUGCCUAUAGUCCCAGCUACUUGGGAGGCUGAGGCAAGAGAAUCACUUAAGCCCAAAAGUUUGAGGUUGCUGUGAGCUGUGACACCAUCGCACUCUUACUAAGGGCGACGUAAUGAGACUUUUUCCGGCAAACCAGAAAAGCCAGUGUAGCUUGUAAAAUGCCCAUACAGAUGGAUACGAGUUUCUGGGGAGAUAAGAAUUUACAGUAAUACUUUGUAGUACCUCUGCUUCCUAUGAGCACAUGUCCCUCUGGCACGUCAAGAUACAUGAUGGAUUGUUUUUCUUUGCUAUUCCUUGGUAUUGUAUUUGUUUUGAUCAGUGUACAUACACAACUUUUGUAAAUUCUGAAAUAUUGAGGAUUAAACAUCAUACUGUAUACAACAGCCACCAAUAUCAUAACUGAUCUGAGGAAUUACUGAGAACAAGACAUUCUCCUGGCAAGCCUAGAAAUUACUUGUGACUCGGAAGGCAAGCCUGCGAUGCUGAAAGCUGUUUAAAAUGGGACUUCAAGUCUAAGUCUAACUAAUAGAAUUAAUAGAGCAUGUAUAUAUUUUUAACAAAACUUUACAUUU